GUGUCCCUGCAGUUGAAGCUCGUGAAUGGCGCGACAGUCGCAGUUUCCGUCCCCUCUUCUUCGACAGUGUCCGCUUUGAAGAAGAUCGUGGCGGAGAAGGAAUCCAUACCAGUAGAGAAGCAGCGGAUUAUUUAUGCUGGGAAGGAGCUUGAUGAUGCAAGCACCUUGGCCGAGAGUGAAGUUGAAUCCGGCGCACAGAUGUUCGUGGUAGUGCGAACUGCAAAAGGACUGCAGAUCCACGUCAAGACUCUGAAAGAUCGCUUUUUCAUCAUCAACGCUGACCAGACUACCACCGUCCUUGACGUGAAACAUAGAGUUGCAGAACAAGAUUCCCAAUGGGAGGUUACGCGCCAGCGCAUGAUCUUUCAAGGCAAGGAACUAUUGGACUCAAAACUCAUCGUCAACUGUGGGCUCCAUGACGAAACACCAACGGUCCACCUAGUCAUGCGC